AUGGCGAAUCCACCUACCCUAGUACCAACUCCCCAGUUCACAACGUCAGCGCUCCUUCAGCUUAUAUUAGAAGCGACAACUCUAUGCUACUUCUACCUCGGCCAUCUCCGCACAAGCUCAUCCUCAUUAUUUAAAUUAGUACAAAUAACAACAGAAGAGUUCCGCGUCUGCCAUGGCGCCGUAAUAGCGAUUGAGGGCUUCGCUAGUGCUAACCCAGAGUUUAAGAAAGGCCUCGGAAGGUUGGCUGUUCAAGUGGAUAAAUGCAUGGUCGAUCUGCAGGAGCUUGUUAGUAAGCUCAAGAAGAGAACACGAAGAGUGGACUGGAGAAAUGUGAGGAAGUGUGUUGAGGGGUGGAAGGAACUACUUUUGGACGUUCAUUCGGUGUUGGAGAAGUCUGCUAAAGAGGCCUCGCAGGAGCCUAAAGUAAAAGCCAGAGAUUAUCGUAACGAAGUAAUAGAUUCGUAUUGCCAGAGAAGGGCUGAAAUACAGGAACUUGGGAUGAAAAUUGAGGCCUCUAGCUCCCAGCCAGAGUUAGCUUCACAGGAAUUCCCAGCCUUAGAUUUGGAGAAAUAUCCUGCCAAAAUUGAAAAUAGGCGGCAACAGAUACUAGACUGGAUAUAUCCAGAAAUAUACAGCAAGAAACAUACCGCGAUCAGGGGAAAAAGGCGCGGAGACAUUGGUGCAUGGAUCCUGAGGUCGCCUGAUUUCCUGAAUUGGGUGGAAGCGAAGAAUGAUAGAAAUUCUCAAUUACUUUGGGGUUAUGGAAUUGCUAGCUCUGGAAAAACAUUUCUAAGCUCGAUAAUAGUAGACCACUUCCUAGAUAUAGCACAAAUAUCCAACUACGGAGUAGCAUAUAUUUACUUCGAUCAUGAAGAGCAGUCCAUUCAUGAUACAACCAACGUUCUUGCCAGUAUCGUGAGACAACUACUUUCUCAGCUGCCAGUUCUCCCAGAUAAAGUCGGUAAAUUACAUGAGAAAUACAACCCUCUUAAAUACGAUCAUCUUUACAAUCUUUUCCUUUCGGCUUCUUCCUCCUUUACAAACACCUUUAUAAUUUGCGAUGCGCUGGAUGAGUGUGGCAAGGGAGAGCAGAGAAAAUCACUUUUAACGUUAUUGUGUAGGAUGGCCGGAGCAGCCAAUGUGUUUUUAACAAGUAGGGAAAACUCGUCAGGAGAUAUACAGAAUACUUUAGACUGCGCGACUAAAAUCGAACUAAGAGCGAGAGAGGGGGAUAUCAAGAUCUAUACCGAGCAUAUGGUUAAUGAUAGUUUAUUGGCCAACCGUUUAUAUGGCAAAGGAUUGUAUAGAGAAAGGAUUAUCUCUGAUAUAGGAGAAUGUGCAAAGAGAAUGUUCUUGCUGGUUGACUUUCACAUACAGCAUUUGUGUCAACAGCCCAGUAUAAACCAGAUCCUCCAUGAACUCAAAGCUUUCAAGAGCGCAUCUUCAGAUCGAUCCCCGCUCAUCUUUGCAUACGACAGGAUUGUGGCAAAUCUUCGCAUGCAGUCACUUGAGCAAAGAAUGCUGGUAUUAAGGAUUUUCACAUGGCUCGCGGGGGUAAACCGAACACUUACAUUCAAAGAACUCCAGCAUGCAAUAAGUAUCAAGCAGGGGGUAUAUGAGUUGGAACACGGAAAUCUCACUUUUGAGAAGCUUCAAGAUGCUGCGAGCGUUCAACUCGGCUUUGAGCUCAAUGUGCUGGACCUACCGGAUCGAGAAACAAUACUCAACCUUUGCUCUAGUCUGGUGACCAUAGACGAGAAAACCUUGAAAGUCCAGUUUGUGCAUUCCACUGCUCAAGAACACCUCGUAAAAACAUCAAUAGUACACCCUGCUACAGAUUCGGCGCUUACCAUAGCUUGUGCCACCUACCUCUUAUCCAAAGCUUUCUCGAGAGGAGCUUUGAUUCGCCAAUCCGAAUUCGAAGCACGGAUUGCAGCAUACCCUUUCCUAAGAUACGCUGCUGAGAAUUUCAUGUUUCAUUUGGUAAAAUGUGACAAUUCCCUGACGAAAAUUCUACUUUUAAGGUUUUUGAAAAGAACAGGCACACUCUCUUCUUACCUACAGGCACUUGAUUCUUCAUCAGAUCGGCCUACAUACCCUAGAAAUCAUCUUCCUCUGCACUUUGCCUGUUCUAUAGGCCAUCUUGAAGUUGUCCAGGUGCUUCUGGAAACUGGAGUUGAUAUCAUGACGAAGGAUAGCUAUGGAGAGACAGCUUUCACUCUAGCGGUUGCCAAUGGGCACAAAGAGAUAGUUCAGCUUCUACUCGGCAAAUUUGCUGGUUGCAAAAGAUCUCAUCAUUUUGAUCAAGGAAAACAAAUAGAGGACACGCAGAGUUCUCUUAAGAAUGGAUUUCCUUGCUUGGUUCAAGACGAUUUCAACACAGCGCCGCCACCACUUUCCACUCCAAAGGAAGGCACCAAAUCGGAAAAUAGCGAGGCAUACGCCCUAUAUUUUGCUGCAUCUGGUGGUCAUGUAGAAAUAUUAGAGUGGCUGUUCAAUAGGUUGGGCGAUCUCUGUCCCGAAAAAUCAGACGUUUGGCCGAUGGAUAUGGCGCUAGCGAAUGCGGCAGUUGCAGGGCACGAGAGGGUGGUAGAGAUACUCCUCAAGAAAGGUAUUCCACCAUUCGGUAAUUCGGAGGUUGGCCAACUAUCUCCGUUACACGGAGCUGCGUCUAAGGGUCACCUUUCCACCGUCAAAUUACUGCUACAACAUGGCGCUACUCCCGCGGUAUCAUGUCCCCGCUGUCUUAGAUUUUUGUCUGACGACCUAAGAAAUGAGGACUCUGAGCAAGUCCUCAAGAAGGUUACGGGCGGCUUCUGCAAAUGUCCGUCAGAUAUGAGGGAAGCAGCGUCAGAAGGGGAUUUUGAGAAGUUCAGAGAAAUGCUUGACCAAGGUGUAGACGUUUUAUCUCAAGAUGAAGAAGGGUGUACUGCGCUUCAUUGGGCUGCGCGGAAUGGCCAUGAGAGUAUAAUCCGUUUACUACUCGAAAUGCAUCCCGAAAUCGAUCUUUCUGCACAGAACUAUAGAAAACAGACUGUACUGCACCUCGCCGCUGUAUGCGGGCAUGAAAAAAUUGUCAGUUUUCUUCUUGAGAGUGUUCCGGGUAUUGGAUUAGCGCAGGACAUGGGGAACUUCACGGCAUUGCACCUUGCUGCGCUAAAGGGCCAUGAUUCUGUGGUCCGUGUGCUACUUUCGAAGGAUCCAAACUCAGACCAUUCAAAAGUUAACUCCCACCGGCAAACAGCCCUCCAUUUAGCAGCCUCCGAAGGCCAUGCCACCAUCGUCAAGCUUCUUCUUGAUAACGGUUAUGGCAUUGACCCCUCGGCAAGGGAUAUAAACGAAUACACUGCGCUAGGCUGGGCUGUACAUGGAGGCCAUGAAGAAGUUGUCCGUUUCCUACUUCAUAAGACGAAGGCUGAAUCCACGAACUGGCAAGGUGGGAGUUUACUACAUCUCGCAGCGAAGAAUGGUCACACCGGGAUCGCUAGUUUUUUAAUACAACAGACUCCUGGUUUAUUCGUGCAGAAUGCCAAUGGAAUAACACCUUUGCAUAUCGCAGCAAUGAAGGGUCAUGGAAAAAUGAUCUGUCUGCUGCUCGAGAGUGUAACGGAAAGCGAGUUCUCCAUGAAGGAUGGAAACGGAUACACCGCGCUACACUGGGCUGUACAGGAAGGCCACGACCAAAUAGUUCAUUUACUGCUACAAUGCGAACGUAAAAUCGACUUUUCAGCCAUGAUUACCGCCGGAUGGCAGACGGUGCUACACAUUGCAGUGUUGAAGGGCCAUGAGCAGAUCACUCGGUUACUGCUUGAAAAGAUCCCGAGUAGUGACCUCGCCAUCCGUAACGUGAGAGGGUAUACAGCCUUGCAUCUCGCUGUAUCGUGGGGCCAUGAAACUAUCGUUCGCUUGCUAGUCGAGAGAUGUCCGGGGGCACACCUUUUGGUGGAGGAAGAUCAUGGAUACACAGCACUACACCUUGCAGCAAUCCGAGGUCAUGAAGGAAUGGUCAAGUUGCUGCUCCAGAAGAGCCCAAAGGUCGAUAUUUCAGUAUUGACAACAAGUGAAUCUAGUGAAGUGAUAGACGACGCCGAACCAAGAAAAGGACACGAAGUGGUGGCUGCUUUGUUGGUCGAUGGCGAGUCGGUAAAGAACAGCUGUGGGUUAACGGCACAAAAACUGGCCACUUUGAAACGAAGGUUUGCGGCCGACAAUGAAAAAAGACGGGAGCGGAAAGUGUCAAUACCUCAAUCUGUUUCUGAUGCAUAUGCAUGA